AUGUCAAAACCUCGCCUGGACAAUUUCGAUAAAAGGCUUGUUAUUGUACAAGGUCAACUUGACGCUCUAUGCGAACGCGAAAACGAGCUUCAAAUCCUUGUCCGCUCCGUACGUCUGGAACGACUCGCCCUUAAAGCUGAACAUAAUGAUCUAGAGGCUCUGAGAGUACCAAUCAACUGGUUACCUACAGAACUUCUCUGUCGCAUCUUUGUUUUAUCUACCGACCCCUUCGACGAUCUCGACGAUACGUCCUGUGACGCGACUCCCAUCACCCUGUCGCAUGUAUGUCGGAAAUGGCGCGGUAUUGCUUUGGGUACGCCGAUGCUGUGGCGAAGAGUUCAGCUGCACCCCCGCGACGCCUCCUACGAUGAACCUGGACCUCAACGAGUCCGCUCUCCUCAGGCUCUCGCAUUCUUGCGCCGCGCUCAACCAGUUCCACUCGACAUUAUUCUAAAAGCCGAACCGGAUCCUAUUUUGCUCCAUUUGUCUGGUCAUAUACAGCUAAUGAUUCAGAGGCGCAGCGACGCCUUCAGAUUCGGUUACCCCAGUCGUACGCUUCACGUUCUCGAGACCUUGGGUGACAUACGUUCUAUUUUGGUCGACGAUUGGUUCACCAUGACGCUGGACGUGUUCUUGCUGCUUUGCAUGCGGGAGCCCGUUUUCCCAUCCCUGGAGACAUUGUCCCUGCGCAUCUUCGAUUUAAAUUUCUACAGACCCUUUCUCGACUACAUCACAUCAUGCCGCGAGACGCCGAGCUUCGUCAAGUGGAAGCCGCAACCGUUCCGCAAACUACAGUGUCUAUCUUUGUUCGGAAUCCCGUUUGACUUCCUCCCAACCUGUGAUCUUCCUCUGUUGCGGGAGUUCACCUUUGGUCACCCGCUAGAUUGUCUCUACAAUCCAUCAUUCAAGAUCGCUCAUUUUGCUCGGUUCCUCUCUUCUGCCCCCAAUCUCGAGAAACUCUCUCUCCUCCAGGCCGGGCCCGAGUUUGAUAUUGGGAUCGACACCUCCCUCCCACCUACAUUCUGGGAUAAAGCCAUAGACUGGUAUCCAGCUGGGCCAAACAAGGUCCCCCCUCUCGUCCUAGCGAACCUCAAAGAGCUCGAAUGGAUAGGUCCCCCAGUCGAAUGCCUCUACUACUUCUUCACCUUCUUCCCUUCCCUAGCUCUCGAGUCACUCAACGUCGCCUUUCUCCCACCUUCUUUCCGUAUAAGGACACAACCUACAAUUCUUCACUCCCCCUUCACGAGCCUCGACACUCUGCUCAAAAACAGCACAGCCAUCCACUCUACCAAGCCUCUCUUCGUUCCUACCAUCAUCCUCCCAACACUUAAGACCCUCUGUGUUGACUGCUCGACAGGAGACACUCUCCGUCAUCCAUUCCGUCGCAUCGAUGUCCCGGCUCUAGAAACCCUCUCCAUCUCGAACACAGAAGCCAAUCAUCGCAAAAAGCUCGAUGAUGACUUUGCGGUAUACGAAGGACCCGCAUGGGUAGCUUGUCAUGCAUCAAAAACCUUUGCAUAUACUCUUCCCUACCUCCCCCGCCUCGAGUCCAUAUUCCGCGACCCGCGCCUUCCAUUCCUCACGUCCUUCUCCCUCGCUUCGUUCGCGAUCGUUCCGGACUCCGUCGAGACAUUGUUGGCAUAUAUGCCUGCGCUGAGAGUCAUGCACAUGGAUAUGGUGGACGGGGUGGAUGAUGUCUUGAAAGGGUUAGCGAUGACGAGGGUCUCGAAGGAUGGGAAGAGGAUGGUGUUGAAGAGCUGUUUGCGAUUGGAGGAAAUGAGACUUUGGGGAUGCGAUAACGGGUUUCAUAUGGAGUGUUUAGAGAAGGUGGUCCGUCUGAGAAGUGGGAUGGUGAAGGAUACAAAAGAGAUGAAGGUUUCAGCUGCGCCAAAAUCUUCCAGAAAAGCAGGUGAAAUUAAUGCUUCGGGAGUAGGGGUACGAAAGAUCAAACCACUCAAGAGAGGCGCUGCGGGUACAGGUGGCGGUUGGUGCGGCGUGGAAGGUACAGCCGCUAGGGAGGGCGAGGAAGCGACGAGGAUGAAGAAAGUAAAGAUCAGGAAUUGCCAGUCGGUAACAGAGGAAAGGGCGAGAGAGAUGGAGUGUUGGGGUGUAAUGGUCGAGUGGGCAGAGUAA